UAGAAGAGCCCAGAAAAACUAGUAAAGUUUUGAGUUUUUCUGAGAAGAGAAAACUAGCACAUAGAACAGAGCUGGGAAAGCGUCCUGCUGCCAUCUGCUGGAUAGGAGGAGCACGUGCAGGUGGACGUCUGACGUCAUUAUCAACUUGACACCGCGGUUCCUCGCGCGUUGUCAGGUAACGGAAGUAGUGUGUAGGCAUGAGUCUUAUAGAGCGGAAUUCAUCCACCUGGAGACGCAGAGACACGUCUCCAAACAUCCUCGCGGCAGGAAAGCUCAUUCCAGCUGGUGACACAACUAAGACUUGUCUGCAGGAAAUUACACCAGGGAUUGUGACUCCACCUGUGGUGAAGAAGUUUGUCCUUUCUGCUCGGCCUCCUGUUGGGACAGUUAGGGUCUUCCAUGGAAAAGCAAAUGAUCCUGAUAUUGGCAGCACACUGGUCCAUGGUGUGAAUACUAAAUCAUCCAUUAAUGCUGGAUCAGUGAUCAAUCCUGCACCAAAAACACGCUUCCUAGAGAGGCUGCGUCAGCUUCAAGAAAUCAAUUAUGCCACCAAUCAGAAAGCUCCUCUUGGGAGGUCACAAGUUCAAAGCACUGGUUUACCAAGCUGGCUCGAUCCUGAGAAAACCACUUUUGGUGUCACAGCACUCCGGUUAUCUAACGGUGGUGAGAUCAUCAAUCCACCCAAAACCACACAUCAGGUGAAAAAGGAAGCGGACGAGGGACAUCAGCUCUAUGUUCGCUCACACGGAUCCUACUUUGUAGGAGAGCGUGUGGACAGGAAGUAUAAUUGCAGUCACUAUGGGAGAGACAGAAGGUUUGGUGUCCCUACGCCUCAUUACAAUGAUGGGAGAACCAUCUCCAGAUCUCUGCAGUGGCCCUCUGACUCGCUAAUGCACAACAGCGCAAAAUUAGUUUCGAAACGCUGCGACGACUUCAGAGAGAAGACUCAGCCACAAGCAGGCAAAGUACACGAUCCAAUUGCAGAGACAUUUAACGUUCCCCGUGAUCACACAUUUGGAGUCUUGAUGAAACCUGACAGCUUUGGUGUAGGUGACCUGCUGCAUCAAACUCCACCUGGUGAGUCCCUGAAAGGCAAAGACCGACAGCGAGCCCUGGUCAGCGCUGUUCGCCAGCACCUCAAGAAGUCCAACUACCAGAACUUCAGCUCAUUACUUGAAGCAUUCAGAUACUAUGACAAGAAGGGUCAAGGGAAAAUCAGUAGAGAGGAUCUGAAGGAAGUCUGCCACCAGUUUAAUAUGAUCAUCAGUGACCCGGUGCUUGAUGACCUCAUGGAUUACUGUGAUGUUGAUAACAAUGGACUUAUCGACUUCAUGGAGUUUUCCAAUUUUCUUAAUUGGAAAGACAAGAUGCCCAUCAACAGGGUGGAGCAGAAAAUUCUCACAGAAGAGCGUAUGGCUCGGACAGCCCCGGCCAACAUGCAACGCACAGACCUCCAAGAAUCCAGCGCCGUGAAGCCUUUGAUUAGACCUGAAGAUCUGGAACGUGUUGAGGUGGGAAGCACCAGGAAGACUCCAAAAACCCUGCCCAGGCCCAGAACAGUGCAGAACAACUUCUUCACCUCGUCUUCUCUCAUAAAUGCUGUUGUGGGUGGAUUUUCCCCUGCAGAUGAUCACACAUACGGAGUCCCAUCAGUACGGACUGAUCUACCUGCUCCACGUAUCAAACGCAUCAGUGACAGGACAAACUAUGGAGAUGAAGCAACAGCACAUGAUCUGCUGCACCCCCCUCUGCAUUCCCUCCAUGGAGUCCAUGAAAAAGAGUUUUUUAGUCCUCGCACGAAAGAUGAGAUUGCACAGAUAUUUAAAAAAGUGGUUCUCGGAGUUGCUGAGGAGACGUUUGAGGAGGCGUGGAAGUUGGCAUCCAUGAGACAUCCUGAUGGUGAUGUAUGUGUGGAAAGCUUUCGAAAUGUUCUUCAUGAACUACAAGCAAAUUAAACCUUAAAUCAGUGUUUCUGUCA